CAUAAUACUUGUUAUAUUUUUUAAGAGUAGGAUUUUCAAUUACUAUUUAAACGUAUUUUGACAAUUAUGAAACAGUCAAAUUCCUAAAUAACAAAAAAUGGAAAAUCCGUUAAGGCAAAUCAAAUUUGUAAAGAUCAGGUGUCACCAACUUGAGAGCGAGAUGCGUAACCAUUGCAGUAAAUCCCCAAACUUUAUCUUUUCCAGGACAAUUAUAAACAGGAAGAGCUAUACUUCUUUCUUUCCAUAUUGUAUAUCUGGCGUGUCUACUUAAUUCGCUUAAGGUUACUGUAAACACCUUAGCAACUUCUCCAGUAUUUACAGAUAAACUAUCUAAAUUCAGAGGAUUUUUUAAAACACCCAAAACAGGAUGAAUGGCCAUUCCAUGUCGAGCAGGUAAUCUAAACAUUGUACCCCAGACAUCAACAUCACUUUCAUUAAUUCCUACUUCUUCUUUAGCCUCCCUAAGGGCAGUUUUAAUUGGAUCUUUGUUGUCCGAGUCAUCAACCUUUCCCCCAGGAAAACUAACUUGUCCUUUAUGGGUAGGUAAAUGAUGAGUACGAACGGUGAAGAGGAGAGAUAAUUCAUCAUUCACGAUACAUAAUGGAACUAAAACUGCUGAAUUUUUAUAAGAUUUGCUUAAAUUUGGUUUUGAAAGAAGUAAUUCCUGACAUCUUUUCUUAUUAGUCUCAUUAAUAAGUGAAUAAUAUGAGGUUUUCGAUAAAAAUCUUCUCAGCUGCAUUUAUUUAUUCUCUGACAGGUCAAUUCGAAAUAAAAUUCACUCUACUUCUCUCCACAGGGUCAUUCGUUUAUGAAAACUGGUUUGAAAUAUUUCGGCUGAGUCAUGUCAAAAGCUGGUCUGCUACAAUGUAUGACCAUGAAGAAUUGGAUGAUAUGUUUGUCGAAAAGCUCAAAAAAGAGGAUAGAGACAUCUGUAAAAGUCAUAUUACAGAAACAAGUUAUGCUGGGGAUAUUUUAAAGUUUGGUACAGCUAUAUCAAUUGCAUCAGGAGCUGAGCCGCUACCAAUCAAUGAACAAUGUAUAGAAAGUGAAAAUAAUUCUUUAGCUGAGUACGACGAUAUCAAAGACGAUGAAGUUAAAAGCAAGAGUUCUUCUGAUUUAAUCUAUACUGGUUAUUCAGCAAAAUCUGGUUUUAAAACAGAAUCAAAACAUACUAUUGAUGAUGCAAAGAAAUUUUCGGGGAUUUUUUUCAAUAAAAAACCUGGAAAAGACGAGGGAGUUAUUGUACAUGUGAUUAGCAUUGACUUUCCGAAUGAGACACGAAAGUCUUGUAUUGAAGAAGAAUUGACUGAAUCAUUUGAGGCAACGAAGCGAACGAAGAAAUCGUUGUUUAUCCUCUGCAAUUUGAAACAAGAAGAUUACUUCAAAGCAAUAUCACUAUUUAAAGACUGUCGGUAUAUUAUUAUGUUCUUCUCAACUCAUGGCGCAAAGGAUUAUAUAAAAUUCGUUGAUGGUCAAGUGGUACAAUUAGAGAGGUUUAUAAAAGACAUAGAAAGUACACUUGAAAACGCAGAUAUACUAAAUUAUUUCUUCUGCUGUCAACAUAUUGCCGGGAAAAGUUUUAGCUACAAAAAAUCGUACAGUGAAACAAUGAAGCGUGACGAAAAGUAUCCGUUUUGUGUAUUUGUAUCAAAUGUUGGCAGUAAGGUAUACCGCCACAGAAUAUCCAAAGUGAAUGUUUAUGUGGUGAAAGGAUUUUUACAGCUGGCUGAAGAUUUGCCAGCAUGGUCGGAAGUUAAGAAGAGCGAUAUAGAAGCUUUGAAAACGGAGUUAAAAAUGCUGUCGGGUCCUUACAUACAGAUAUCAAAUAAAAAGAAAAUAUUACUUAAUACAGGAUCAUCCUAUAGAAUAAUCUCUGAUAAAGAUGUCUUUAUCAAGUACGAUAAGUUUACCCUGACAUUGAAGAAUAAGAGCGAUUCUGUCGUCAAGGUUAGAAAGAAACUGUUAAACAAAAACAAAAAGAGGAAAGUUUUUAACGGAGAUUCUAUAAGUAUCGAUCAGAAGAUAAUCACUGUACAUUUUCUGUUUGAGGAGAGCAUUAUCCGUUCGAUGAAAUCUGGAGACCUCGACCCGACACCACUCUUAAAUUUAAAUGAAAGAUUUCGAUAUUUUUUUCGCAACUUGUUCAAAAAGUUGAUUAAUUGAAAUAACGAUUUGAAAUUAUGAAAUAUAUUUUAAAUUAUAAACAAAAAACUUGUAUGAAA